UAAUAUGCACAUUGGAUUCUCCAGAAUUUACAGAAAUGACAAAGUACAAGAUACUGUAGUUUAGAUACAGUAAUAUACUAUUAUGCUACCACGGGUAGGGGUCGCUGAUGGUGCUUGGUGUCAGUGCAGCUGACCGAAAAGAGCAGGCGGAGUUUAUUUGUUGCAUUACGGAAGAGGCUGGCAUUUGGUUAUCAAAUUCACUUCGAGUCCCUGGUAAAGCGGUUUGCUUAAAAAUAGAAAGCUCCAGCAAGCGAUUGCUUUCUUUACAGCACAACGGCCUUGCUUUCAAUUUUAAAUUUACGACCAGAUUAAAAACAAACAAAAAAAAAUGAGUCAGAUGGAAAGCCGAAAGCGCUUCAGAAUCGAAAACUCGGAUGCGGGAGAUGGUUUCAAAACCCCGGAGAAAAAGAUUUCCAGGGCGAGCGGCGACUACCAUGACUGGGGAGUCGAUGAAGUCUGCGGCUAUCUGCGGCUCAUGGGAUACGGGGAGUGGCAGCAGCGAUUCAGAGAUGAACAGAUUACAGGAGUGACACUGCCCUACCUUACAGAGGCUCACCUGGAGAAAAUGGGAAUUUGCUUGCUUGGGGUCCAGUUGGAACUCCUUCACUGCUUCAGGAAGCUGUGGUUUUGCUCGCCCGUUGAAAAAAUAAAGAUAUUCAACGAUCCCAUCCACGGGCACAUUGAGCUGCACCCCCUGCUGGUUCGUAUAAUAGACACCCCUCAGUUCCAGCGACUCCACUACAUCAAGCAGCUCGGGGGAGCCUUCUUCGUGUUUCCUGGGGCUUCCCAUAACCGGUUUGAGCACUCCAUUGGGGUGGGUUACCUGGCGGGGAGGCUGGUCCAGGUGUUACAUGAGCGUCAGCCUGAGCUGCAGAUCAGCCAGAGGGACAUGCUUUGUGUGCAGAUCGCAGGACUGUGCCACGAUCUGGGUCAUGGUCCUUUUUCGCACAUGUUUGAUGGAAAAUUCAUCCCAAAAGCUUGUCCAACGCUUGACUGGAAGCAUGAGACCGCAUCACUGCAGAUGUUUGAUCACCUCAUCUCAGUCAAUGGGCUGGAGUCUGUGAUGGUGGAGCAUGGCCUGGAGCUUCCAGAGGACCUUCACUUCAUCAAAGAGCAGAUUGCAGGACCUACCUGCAUCCCGGAGGGAGAUGGCCAGGAGACGGCUUUGUGGCCAUAUAAAGGACGGACAGAAGCCAAAGGUUUCCUGUACGAGAUCGUGGCCAACAAGAGAAAUGGUAUAGAUGUGGACAAAUGGGAUUACUUUGCUAGGGACUGUCACCACCUUGGAAUCCAAAACAACUUUGACUACAAACGCUUCCUCAAGUUCGCUCGUGUUUGUGAAGUCGGGACAAAGAAACACAUUUGCACGAGAGAGAAGGAAGCUGGGAAUCUCUACGAUAUGUUUCACACGCGGAACUGCCUCCACCGUAGAGCCUACCAGCACAAGGUUGGGAAUAUCAUUGAAACAAUGAUUACUGAAGCGUUCCUGAAGGCAGAUCCCUACAUUGAGAUUGAAGGAUCACAGGGAAAGAAGUAUGCAAUCUCCACAGCUAUUCAAGAUAUGGAGGCGUACACCAAGCUUACAGAUCACAUCUUCCAGCAGAUCUUGUAUUCCAGCACCUCAGAGCUGGCAGAGGCCCGUGAAAUUCUCAAUAACGUUAUUUGCCGUAAACUCUACAAAUGUGUUGGACAAACGCAGCCCAAAUCCAAAACAAAGAUUUCAGAUGAUCAACUUGACAUUUUGGCCAGUGAGGUCGCUGAAGCUUUCCCACAGAACUCUACAGAUGUGAAGCUGCAAGCAGAGGAUUUCAUUGUCACUAUCAUUUCCAUGGACUACGGAAUGAAGGAGAAGAACCCCAUAAAUAACAUGCGCUUCUACUGCAAGAACAACCCCCGAAAGGCCAUUCGGAUCCGCAGAAAUCAGGUGUCUCAGCUGCUGCCAGAGAGGUUUGCAGAGCAGCUGAUCCGGGUGUACUGCAAGAAAAUUGACGAGCAGAGUAUUGAGGCUGCCAAGAAAUACUUUGUACAGUGGUGUAUAAACCGGGACUUCACCAAGCCACAGGAUGGGGAUAUUUGCGCUCCAGAGCUGACGCCGCUGAAAGCCAGCUGGAUUGAUGAGGAAGACUCGGAGGAUGACUGCCCAGGUCCUACCAAUGGGACACUAGCCACUCUCAAACCAAGAACCAGGCUCUUCCAAAAGGAAGGCCCUAGUGUUAAUGGGGGAAGUAGCAACCUUGAACAAUAGAGAUUGAUGAACCUGGAACUGGGCAAAAGGCUUUUUUUGGGGGGGGGGGGGGGCGGGGGACAAGAUGUUAGCAAUCAUAAUAAGUGAUUGUCACAAUGUGAAUGCUGGCAGGCAUUAACAGUGACUGCCAAAGAGUGAGGCAAAGCUGUUUUUAUUGCACUGUAUUUGAGUCAGCCUUGUCUUUUUUAGAAUGUCAUAGUUUCAGUUUAACUACAACAUGUGUGUAGAACUUUUUUUUUGCAUUUUCUAGCUUGACGUGGUGGUAAUGAAACUUGUCGUUUUUAACUUUUCAAUAAUGGUAAAACCCAGUCCUGGGUUUGAAACUAACCUUAUCCAAAUAUCAUUCAUUUCAAGGAGUUUCAAUGCUGUUUUAUUCUACGUGAAACUGAAAAACAAUAAAAUAGUAACAGCAAGGUCAUUUCAAAAAGGGCUGUGUUUAUCAAGGUCUUUCCCCAAGUCACAUUACAAAAUGUCAUUGUUUCUAUUUGUACUCUUGAUAGUUUUAGUUAGCUUAAUCAUUGAAAACAGUGGAGGAAUUUACACUUCCAAGUAAAAGGGCUUGAUAAAUAACCUCUAAUCUGUGGGGAUUUAAAAUCUGGUGAGAUUGAUGGUCAGUAUUGUAGACUUUUUCCAGCAGCUGCUAUGGGAUUGUGUGCUGUUGGUGCAGAGCUUCAAAGCUGUCAAACUUUUCUCUGAAAUGUGCUAUUUUCUUAAUCUAUACAACAGUAGUUGAAUUCGGAGGACAUAGAUCUUCUUACACACAGAAACACGAUCCAUGUUGAAUGUAGGCCUAUUUUGUGUUUUUAUUUUGACAAUGCCGUUCAGCAUAAUGUCUGUUUUAUUUUAUGAAUGUCUUUCAGUUGUAGUGAUUGUUAUUGCUGUUUAGGGGUCCCUGAGUGGCACACCUGGUAAAAGCAUGGCCAUGCUUUGUGCAGGGAGAGCCAUACUGUCAGGGGAGCGCAGGUUCGCGUCCUGGCUAUGUGAAGUCGUCGGUCUUCGCUGGGGAUUCCAUUGUAUUGGCGAGUUAGGGAGGUAAAACCGGCAGUGACUGUUUCUCCUCUUCGCGCUACAGUGAACCCUACCGGCCAGACACUUAGUGAACUCAGGCAGACCCCUGCAGGGAUGGGCUCUGUAGCUCGCUUCCGUCGGCUCUCGAGUUCCUAGGUGUGAAAGAGGAAACUGGUGUGGUCGUGGGAUCAGAGAACCCCCACUGAAACUGCAGUUCUCUUGAGCUGUGUGGGGAACUCCUGCAGUGAGGAAGAAAUAAGGGGACAUUUGUAAAUUCUGGAGAAAAUCAGGGCUUAAAUAAUAGUAUAAGUUGGUGGAGACAUUUAAUUUAUGUUAUUAAGCAAUGUAACCAAUGUGGGUGUUUGAAGUGGGGUUAUAACGUGUAGUGAUUGAAUUGUUACGAUUUGGCAAACUAUCUUUAAUAAAGUAUGUUGCCUGGCAGUAGCAGUCUUGCGUACAAUAGAAGACGGCUACAUCGUCAAACAUUUUGAGAAAGUGGAAAAUCCAAUCAAGCUCAGGUGCAAGGAGCUGGGUGCUCUUGAAAGUUUGCAUUCGUCAAUGUAGCAAAACCACAACAGUACCCAACACAGCGCUCUGCGUGGGAGAGGAUGAGCUGUUUGGAGGAAGCUGUCCUGGUGCCUGCUAGCACUCUGUGUACAUGUUGCCAGUGCGAUUGCCUUUGACAUCCACUCAUGAGCACGAGACACACAAGCGCCAUAGAGGAAGCAGUUGGGUAUUGUAAAAUAAAUGAUUGAUUGUGUCAGUGUAUUUAUUUUCCAAGCUGUCAGAAUGUUCUUUUUUUUUAUAGAUUGUUUCAGGCUGUUGGGUUUUAUUUCAGUUCAUUUAAGUGGCCCAUGCCGGAUAUAUGCACUACUAUUCGAUAUGUAUGUAUAACAUGCAAUAUAUAUGUAUAUAUGAUUGUUACAAAUAAUAAUAAAAAAGUAUUUCAAUA